AUGACGUCGCCCGGGGGGGACUCGCUCUACGCCUCGGCGGCCGGAGGAGCCGCAGGGGCAGCCGGAGGCAGCGGGGCAGCGGGCGACUACAGCACCGGCGGCUACUACUCCCGGGCGGCGGCCCCGGCCUCCAACCUCUCGGCCCUGGGGGGCUCCCGGCUGGGGGGCUACGGGGGCUACUACUACGGGCAGCUCCAGCUCCAGGCCUCGGCCGUCGGGCCUUCCUGCUGCGGGGCCCUCCAGCCCUUGGGCGCCCAGCAGUGCUCCUGCGUCCCUGGCACAGGCUACGAAGGGACUGGCUCUGUGCUGAUGUCCCCGGUGCCUCCCCAGAUGCUGCCCUACAUGAACGUGGGCACUUUGUCCCGGACGGAGCUGCAGCUGCUGAACCAGCUCCACUGCCGGAGGAAAAGGAGGCACCGCACCAUUUUCACCGACGAGCAGCUGGAGGCCCUGGAGACCCUCUUCCAGGAGACCAAGUACCCCGACGUGGGCACCCGGGAGCAGCUGGCCAGGAGGGUCCACUUGCGGGAGGAGAAGGUGGAGGUGUGGUUCAAGAACCGCCGGGCGAAGUGGCGGCGGCAGAAGAGGUCUUCCUCGGAGGAGUCCGAAAGCGUCCAGAAGUGGAACAAAGCCUCCAAAGCCUCCCCCGAGAAGAGGCAGCAAGAAGAAGUCAAAAGCGACCUCGACUCGGACAGCUGAUAAAAGCCCUUCUUCUCCCGGCUCCGAGGAGGACUGGCCUGGGCCCAGAAGAAGAACCCUUCGGCUGCGCGGAUCGGAGCAAGGAGCCGCCUUCUCUUGCAAAGACUCGGCCUUGGAAGCAG